GCAUAGUUUAAAAAUAUCUACGGUGCUAACAGGACCCGGAGUGAGACGGAGUUGAUAGCAAUGACGUAGAAGUAAACUGUGAGUUCCGUGGUUGAUAGCCUAUCAGCGACGCAAACAACAUUUACCGCCUUUUUUUAACCUCAGUUAAUACUAGCCACUUGCCACUUUAUUUUCUACCAAACUGUGAAAUGGGUAAAUGUAAGUUCUCGCAAACCUGGGUUGACGAUCCGUUAUUUAAAGACUGGCUUAAGCCCGUCAUGGGAAAUGACCGGGAGGCAUUUUGCACUGUGUGCAAAAAAAUUAUAAAUGUUACCUGGAACGGCAUUACCGCUAUCAGGUCUCACAGUGAAUCAAAUAUUCACCAGCAGCGGAUUCGCGUGAGGGGGGAGCAGCUCCCUAUUUCGUUGUUUUGUAAUGCUACCAGCACUAACGUUACACAGAUCGCGGCAAAUCACGCAAGGUCAGCUGUCGUCGCACCACCUCUGCAGCAAACCAGUGCCACCAGCAGCACCACCACGGCAGCGAUAGCCAAACAACAACAGACCUUCCCGUCACAAACAUCAGCCUUCAGGGCUGAGGUUCUCUGGUGCCUGAACAUCGCAGCCAACCAUCAUUCAUAUAAUUCGAAUGAGGGCAUUGGGGAAUUGUUCGAAAACAUGUUCACUGACUCCGCUAUAGCCAAAAGUUUUGCGUGUGGCAAGGAUAAAACGGCGUACAUUCUUGGAUUCGGCAUUGCUCCACAUUUUAAGAAGCUUCUUAUAAAUAGCAUCAAUGAUUCCGGACAAUAUGUUCUCAUGUUUGACGAGUCUCUAAACCAGUCGGCUAAGAAGAAGCAAAUGGAUAUUCACGUUCGGUUCUGGAAAGAUGACCGCGUGACGUCUUCAUAUUUUGGGUCGCAGUUCCUUGGACAUGCAAGGGCUGAAGACUUGCUGCAAAGCAUUAAAGAAUGUGUUGCACAACUCAACUUGAGACACCUGCUGUCUGUCAGUAUGGAUGGCCCAAAUGUCAAUUUCAAGCUGCUGAAGCUCCUUCAGAACGAACAUUCAGAGCUUCAUGGGGAUGCACAACUCAUCAGUGUUGGCAGCUGUGGCUUGCACACCCUCCACAAUGCCAUGAAAGCAGGAUUCACAACAUGGCAGGUAGACAAACUGUUGCGAGCUAUGCACUACCUCUUCCACAAUGUUCCUGCCCGUAGAGAAGAUUACACUGCCACCACAGGAUCUUCUACUUUUCCCCGAUCUUUCUGUGGCCACAGGUGGGUGGAAAAUGUCCCUGUGGCUGAGAGAGCUGUCGACAUUUGGCCCAUGCUUUUAACAUACAUUGAUGCAGUUCAGAAGAAAAAGGUGCCAAACCCCAACACGGCGUCAUAUGAUACCAUAUUGGCUGCGCCGGAUGAUGAUUUAAUAAUUCCAAAGCUCCAGUUCUUCUUGUCAGUUGCACGAAGCUUCAACCCCUUCCUGAUCAAAUAUCAGACCGACGAGCCUGUGCUGCCCUUUUUGGCUAAAGAUCUGAAAGAACUCCUGAUGGCUUUACUGCGACGAUUUGUUAAAAGGGAACUUUUAGAGGACCGAAGCUCACUGCAAAUGAUCACAAUCCAGGUAUCUGAUGAGAAGAACUGGGUCUCUCUUAAAAAUGUGGACAUCGGCCUGGGUGCUGAAUCUGCCAUCAAGGUGAUGUUAUCAUUCAGCAGUUUGUAUCCUUGACCUCAGUGGAAGGACGAGAUGAACGUUUCCUGGCCUUUAAACCAAUGAAGGACCGCCUUGAUGUGUUUCUUUACACAACUCUCAGCACAUCUUACCCUGACUUACUACAGUUUUGCAAGAGUCUCCUCCUUCUAUCCCAUGGCCAAGCCACAGUUGAAAGAGGAUUUUCAAUUAACAAAGAGGUGGAAACAUGCAAUCUCCAGGAUAGAACGCUGAAAUCACUUCGAUUAGUCUGUGACCGGAUCAGCAGUUGUGGGGGCAUUUUAAAAGUGCCUCUGACAAAGGAGCUCCUUGCCUCUGCUUCAUCUGCAAGAUCUCAGUAUAGACUGUACCUGGAGAAUGAAAGAAAAAAGAAGGAGAGUGCCGCACAUGCUCUAAAGAGGAAGGCAGUGGAGGAGGAGCUUUUGGACCUCAGAACCCAGCAUGAGGUACUAAGCCGUGUUUGUGAGUCACUUGAAAAUGAUGCAGACAAGUUGGCAGAGCAGGCUGAGGGGAAGGCCGGGUCCAAAAUGGCUGAAUUUAUCAUCAAGUCCAACACACUUCGCAGAAGGCAAAAAGAAAAAAAAGAAGAGCUUCGCCAACUGGAGGAAAGAAUUGAAGAGAAGUCUUCACAACGGAGACUUUUGUGACUGUGCCUCUCCCCUCCGUCUUAAUGUCACAAUUUCUCUCAUUCCCUCCCCUUUUUUCUCUCUCUCUCUCUGUAUCUCUCUCAGUCUGCCAGCUAAAGUUAUCUGCUGAUGAAUACAAGUCAAAUUCUUACAACUUCUCUCUUAAAAUUUGUUUUGGGACAUGUUCAAACUGCCAUUCAUCAAUGAAUGAGUCCAGUGUAAGUUAUUGUUACAAGUUACCCCUUGUGAUGUAUUUCUUGU